AUGGAUAAUUUCGAUGGCGAAUAUUGGAAAUUGAAUACUGACAGGAGAGUUAGAAAGGCAACCACUUUCUAUGGUGUUGUAAACUAUGCACAAAUCGAACAAACUAAAAAACAAAAAAAGAAAUUACAAAAAGAGCAACAACAACAACAACCUAAUAGCAAUGUUGUUCAUUCUAUACCAACAAGCACAACAACAACAACAACAGCAACAACAUCAUCUUCUUCAUCUUCUCCAUCGUCAUUACCAACUAAUUUAUUAAAUAUAAACUCUACUUCUUCAGAAGAGUUGGUUGAUAAUAAUAAACUAAAUAAUAAUAAUAAUAAUAAAUUUGCAAUAGAAUCACUUUUAAAUCCAAUAGAUACAAUUACCAAUAAUAAUAAUAGUAGUAAUGGUAAUGAAAAUGGAAUACCCGAUGAUCUUAGACCAUUCGUAUCACCUUUUAGUAUUAGGUUACAGCUUAAUACACCGACAAGAACAGAGAUAAAGAGAACUCUCGCGUUGAAUACCGAAUUCAAUAAUACCAACAAUGAAUCUCCUAUAAUCAAUUAUAUUAAUAACAAUAGUAACAAUAACAGCAAUAACAAUAGCAAUAAUAGCAAUAACAAUAGCAAUGACAAUAAUAGUAACACUCCAACAUAUCGAUAUCAAGCAGAGAUAGAGACAGAUGUUGAAGAAAGCGAUCUCAACAACAGUAAUCUAGAUGACUCACUGCUAUCCAGACAAGAUUCACUAUUAGACAAAUUCAACUCGAUAUCACUAGCAUCACCACACAAUACUCCAUUGAAAUCUAAACAAGACCCAAAUGUUCUAUUAGAUACGACAACAACUACAACAACAUUAUUAUCAUUAUUAUCAUCAUCAUUAUCAUCAUCAUCGAAUAAUAAUGACAUUGAUAAUGCUAUAAAUGAUAAUAUUGAUAUUUUAUCAAUGGAUAUGGAUACAAAUAUGACAAACAUAAAUGAUAAUGUAACAAUAGAUAAUAAUAUUAAUAAUAAUAAUAGUUAUCAAGUUAAUAAUGAUAAUAAUAAUAAUAAUAAGAAAGAGAUUAAAAAGAAGAGAAGUCAAUUGGCAUCGGCAUUAGAUGGUUCCUAUUGGCAGUUGUCUUCUCCUACCAGAGUAAAGAGGAAUUUCAAUCAUGAUCUAGAGACAUCUUUCAAACCAGCUGUAAUCGAUAGCAACAACAACUCAGUUACUGAUAACAAUGCAUCCAUUACGACAACGACCACCUCUACAAUUACUACCACAACAACAACUACAACAACCACAACCACAACAACAGAAACACCACUUAAAGUUCAAGCAACAAAGAAACCAAAGUUUGUUAAUAAUACACCUAAAAAGCUUAUCAUUUCACCAAAAAGAAGUAGAGGUCGACCAAAGUUGAAAUUGACAUCUACAACUACAACAUCUUCAUUAACUAAAAAUAAUAAUAAUAAUAAUAAUAAUAAUAAUAAUAGUAAUAAAAAUAAGAGUAUCAAUAAUAGAAGUAGUAAUAGAAAUAAGAAAAAUAAUAAUAUAUUAACAACAAACAGUAAAAUUUCAAGUAAUGGAAGUAGUAGAACUAGUAAUAGUGGUAUACCAAAUAGUGAGAAAUUACAAAUUAAAUUUACAUUAUCACCAUGUAAGAGUAGAAAGAGUAGUGCAUUCCAAGUGGUUGUUUAUACCCCUAUAAAGUCAAUACCACUACCGUUGUUAAGUAACAGUGAGAUAUUACAAAAACGAUUAUUAUUACAGCAACAGCAGCAACAAGAGCAAGAACAACAACAACAACAACCAAUACCGUUUACAUUUGGUCAUGGCAGAUGUGGAACUAAAGCAUAUGCCGGUGUCAAUAACACAAUCAAGUUGUAUGUAGGCGGUAAAGCUUGUCUCGACAACAAAGAGUGGCUAGAGAAAGAGAGGAUCACUUCCAUUCUCAAUGUAACCAAGGAAGUUGCACAUCCCAAGCAUCUGGUCGACUCUAACUUUAUGCGUAUCAACGUCGCCGAUUCCAUGGAUCAGCGUAUCAUCCUCCAUUUCAAUCUGGCGAUAGACUUUAUCGAUAGAAACCUCAAUACCAAUAACAAUGAGAAUAGUAGUCAAAAUAGUAAUAAUAUCAAUAAUAAUAAUAAUAACAGUAGCAGUAACAACAGUGAUCAGAAUGAUGACGGUAGAUAUGGAGUGCUCAUUCAUUGUAAAGAAGGUCGUAGUAGGUCUACUACCAUCGCCAUUGCCUAUGGUCUCAGUAAGUUGAAUUUGAAUUUACGUGAGGCAUACGAAGAGGUAGCAAAGAACAUUCCAAACAUCAACAUCAACCAAGGAUUCCUUCAACAACUCAUGGAUUACGAAUUACAACUAAAGGGUAGUAAUUCAAUCAACUUUUUCGCUAAACGUUCAUGUCGUAGUUAA